GCCCUCAAGCUCAGCGGCUCCGCCACCGCGUUCCUGCCGUCCGUUUUUGCCGAGGCCUCCUGCCUGUACAGCUUGGAGCUGCUAGCGGCCGAGCCUGCGCCGCUGCACGCCCUCUGGCGCGCCCCCUGGCUGCCACGCCUUGAGCGCCUCGUCCUCCGCGUCCCCUCCCUCGGCCCCGACGGCCUCGCGCCGCUGCGCGGCGCGCCGCUGCCGCGGCUGCGCGAGCUGAGGGUCGCGCCGCGCGACGUGCGCGGCGUCUGCGCGGCGGACGCGGCGGCGCUCGCGGCGUGCGGCCUGCCGGCGCUGCGGGUGCUCAAGCUGUCUCGGCUGGGGCUGGGCGGCGCGGCGGCGGUCGCGGCCGCCCCGUGGGUGGCGGGGUUGGAGGACCUGACCCUGAGCAAGUGCGCCGACUUGGCGCACCGCGGCGGCGGCGGCCCGAGCGGCGCCUGCAGCGAGGCCAGGGCGAGCGUGGCCGACCUGGCGGCGGUGCCGCUCACGGCACUGAGGCGGCUCGCGCUCAGCGGCGGCAGCUGCGGCCCCGGCCUCGACGGCGGCGCGGUGGCCGCGCUGCUCGCCGCGCCCUGGGCGGCGGGGCUGGAGCGCCUUGAGCUCAGCGGCGCCCUCCUGGGCGGCUGCUGCGGCGCGGCGCGCGACGCCAUGGGCGGGCUCGCCGCCGCGCGCCUGCCGCGGCUGUCGGCGCUGCGGCUGUCGUGCGGCCUGACGGCCGCGGACGUUGCGGGCGUGCUGUCCAAGGCGGCGUGGCUGCACGGCCUGACGGAUCUCGACCUGUCGUUCAACCCAGAUCUUGGAUCUGAGGGGUUUGCCGCCAUCGCCGGCCUGUCGACGCCGCGUCUCGCCCGCCUGGGGCUGCGGUUCAGUGGUGUGAGCGCCGUUGGGCUGCGGAGCCUCGCGCUCGCCCCGUGGCUGCCCCAAUUGCAGGGGCUGGCUUUGGAUGACCAUGCCGUCAAGGCUGCUGCCAAGGCGCACCGUGAUGUGUCUGGGGGCGGCGUUUAUGUCGGGCUGGGCGGCAUCGCCCUCACAUAUCUGCGCAUAGCUCAGCAGGUGAAGCGCGGGUUCACCUAUGAGCAUGGCGCAUACCUCAAAAAGCACACCCCUGCCCACGCCCUGGGCCUGGCGCGGGAAUUCGCGGCCGCCGACGAGGCCCUCCUGCCGGCUGGGCGGCGGGUGACGUUCCUGGAGGGCUACUCGGGCUCGCUCGCGCUCAGGGCGGCGCUCGCGGCGGCCGGCGGGGACGCGGCCGGCGGCAGGGCGCUCGCGGAGGCGCUGGCUGCCUACCACCGCUCCACAGUGAGCCGCCUGCCCCCCGGGGAGUGCGAGCUGCUUUACGGCCGGGCCGGCUACCUCUACUCGCUGCUGUGGCUGGAGCGGCAGCUGGGGCCGGGCGCGGAGGUGGUGUCCCAUCUGCUGGCGCAGGGCAGGGAGGGCGCCGCCGGCCUGGGCCAGCAGCAGGCGCGGCAUUGGGGCCUCAUGUACACGUGGCACGGCAAGCAAUACCUGGGGGCGGCACACGGCCUGUGUGGGGUCGUGUACGUGCUGCUCCACUGCCUGCCCGCCGUGAAGGAGUCCGACGACGCGGCGGGGUCGGGCCUGCGGGCGCUCACGGCGGCUUGUGAUGCGCUGGCUGCGGCGGCGCUGCCGUCGGGCAACCUGCCGUCUUCGCUAGGCAGCCUGGAGGACAGGCUUGUGCAGUGGUGCCACGGCGCACCCGGGCUGGUGCCCACAAUGUUGAAGGCAGAGGAGGCCCUCGGCGGUGGGGGCCGCUACCUGCGGGCCGCGCGGCGGGCGGCGGCGGCGAUCUGGGAGAGGGGUCUGCUGACAAAGGGCGUCGGCCUCUGCCACGGGAUCAGCGGCAACGGCUACGCGUUUCUGUCGCUGUACCGCGCCACCGGGGAGCAGCAGUACCUCAGAAUGGCACAGGCAUUUGCAGUGUUUGCUGCGGAGCGCUGGCAGGAGCUGUAUGAGGUGCCCGACAGGCCGGCCUCCCUCUACGAGGGCCUGGCGGGGGCGGUCAACUUCUGGCUGGACGUGGUUGACCCGCAGCACUCGCAGUGGCCAGGGGCAGAGCUGUAA